AACAAAGGUUCCCGAUUAAGUUUACUCGACGUCAUCAGUUUGCGACCCUGCAUGCGAGAAACUGAAGGGCACAGUGGAAUGAGACAAUGAAAUAGCUAUCUUUUAAGUUUUGUCCACGAAACAGUGAUCAUCAUGGCAUUGCCAUCUCUUACUCGGGCUUUGUGUUCGCUGUCGCUGUCCCGCACUGCCCUGCUCCCUGCUCAGGCUGCGGGGCGGUGCGUGCUGACUCCGGUCGCCUCCGGUGGUGUCCGGUCCCCUCUCGCGGCUGUCAUAGGGGCAGUGGGUCAGUGCAGGAGCUUCAUCACCACCGCUUCGCUGGAGCAGAACAGAACCCGCUGGAAGGAGAGGGAGAAAUACACCAUCAGGCCUGUGGGCAUGAAGAAGACUGGAGGACGAGAUCACACUGGUAGGAUACGGACACAUGGCAUAGGUGGCGGCCACAAACAGAGGUACCGCUGGAUCGACUUCCAGAGGCUCCGUUAUGAGGAGGGGAAGGAGGACAAGGCCUUUGAUGAGAAGGUUCUGGAAGUCCGUUAUGAUCCCUGCAGGUCAGCAGAUAUCGCGCUGGUGGCAGGAGGAAACAGGAAGCGCUGGAUCAUUGCCACAGAGAACAUGCAGGCUGGUGACCUCAUCAAGACCUCCGGGACCAUCGGACGCAUGGCAGUGGCUGCUAAUGAGGGGGACUCGUACCCUCUGGGAGCCCUGCCCGUGGGCACACUGGUCAACAACCUGGAGCUGUACCCUGGGCGAGGAGCCUGGUUCAUCAGAGCAGCAGGGACAAGUGGAGUGUUGCUCCGCAAGGUGAACGGCACAGCCAUAGUCCAGCUGCCCUCCAAACGCCAGGUCCAGGUGCUGGAGACAUGCAUGGUGACAGUGGGACGCAUCUCCAACAUCGAUCACAACAAGCGCAUCAUCGGGAAGGCGGGGACUAACCGCUGGCUUGGCAAGCGGCCCUCCAGUGGCUGGUGGCAGAGGAAGGGGGGCUGGGCGGGGCGCAAGAUCAAGCCCCUCCCCCCCAUGAAGGUGUAUGUCAAUAUGCCAGCCGUGUCCGCCAGGUAGAACAACCUGGACAGGAACCCAGCUGGACUGACAGAACCCUGCUGGACUGACAGAACCCGGCUGGACUGACAGCACCCUGCUGGACUGACAGAACCCGGCUGUCUCAGCUGUGACUCUGGGUUUGGUAACUGCAGUGGACUGACAUGGACGGUUGUCGUUUUAGCUCUGUGAUACUGAUUUGUGUUUCACGUAACGUGAUCUGGAGCCUGUUUUGAGCUUAUUGUAAUAAAUGACACAUGGAUGGUUAAA